UUUGGAAAGUUGAAAAGGCCUCCCGUUUUCGGCCCUGCCACAGCGAGGUCACAAAUCACAAACUUUUUUCUUUUGGGUGGCCAAAGUUCAUUUCUUUUCACCCGACCCAAACAAAUAAAGAGAGAGACGUAGCUCGAUUCGCAUCGGAGAGAUUCUUGGUAGUCUUGGAUCGAUUGAUUUUGACAGGAGGCCAGUCUGUGUUUCUGGGUUCACGACAUGGAUAUCCACGCCCACAUGGAGGAAGCUGAGGUUGUGGAAACCAAGGAUGGAACUGUUUCUGUGGCUUCUGCAUUUGCUGGUUAUCAAGAAGCUGUACAGGAUAGAGACCACAAAUUCUUGACAAAGGCAGUCGAAGAAGCUUAUAGAGGGGUAGACUGUGGAGAUGGAGGCCCUUUUGGUGCUGUUGUUGUGCGUAAUGAUGAAGUGGUUGCUAGUUGUCACAACUUGGUCUUGAAGAACACAGAUCCUACUGCUCAUGCUGAAGUCACUGCUAUAAGAGAGGCAUGUAAAAAGCUCCAGCAAAUUGAGCUUUCAGACUGUGAAAUUUAUACCUCUUGUGAGCCUUGCCCCAUGUGCUUCGGUGCUAUCCAUCUUUCGCGAAUUAAGAGGUUGGUUUAUGGGGCCAAGGCUGAAGCAGCUAUUGCUAUUGGGUUUGAUGAUUUUAUUGCGGAUGCAUUAAGAGGUACUGGUUUCUAUCAGAAGGCUCAGUUGGAGAUUAAAAGAGCAGAUGGUAAUGGGGCUAUCAUUGCGGAACAGGUCUUUGAGAAGACAAAGGCAAAAUUCCAAAUGUAUUGAAUUCUUCAGUUUCAUCUUUACUGUACUGGCACUAACCAUUCAUUCAUUCUGAAUGGCUUCAUUUUCAAUCCAUUUGUUUAAUAACUGCUUAUACACUAUCAAGCUCAACGUUGUUGAUAUGCUUCAUUAUGAUGUUGUA